CCUCAUUAUAUUCUUCCAUUUCUAAUAUUCGUGAUCUAAAGCUAAAAGUACGAAAAUGAAGGUCUUGGCAUCUUUAGCUUUGCUGACUUUGGUAAAUUAUGCUUAUUCGGCAGACACCACAGCUGUAAAAGCUUGUCACGAUGCUCUUUUACCAGAAGUAAAAGUGACCAUAGACAACACAGUGUGUGCAGAGGGACCUUGUGUAGUCGGAACUGGUUCAGAACUUUCUGUAUUGGUUUCCUUUGAUACCCCUGUCAAAUUGGAGCACAUUAAGGCGAAAUUCGUAGCUUCGGGACCAGAUGCUGACGUAGAAAUACCCCUGAUCGAUGCUUGUAAAGGAAUUGUGAACACGGAAUGUCCAGUAGCAGCUAACGAACACGUUGAUUAUGAAUACAGUCAGGUUAUAGCUAAUGAAUAUCCCGAGGUGGAUGCUACAGUGACUGUCAGUUUACUUGAUGAGGAUAACGAUGACGCUGAAGUAAUAUGCUUCUCCCUUGACGUUACAAUUAAAAAUUCGUAAUGUAGACAUUUAUACAAAUAUGAACAGGAAAAUAUAUAAUGUAGAUGUUGAAA